GUUACAUUGUGGUUCUAGGUGAUAAGUUUUGCCGCUAAAUUUGGUUUACUAUUGUUCUGUAUUUCUUAUUCUAUUAUCAAAUUAAUUAUCAAAAUAAAAAAUGAGUUUGAAAAUUGAAGGCUCACCUCGGAGCUGUGAUAAAAGUUACGUAAGUGCUCCUAUGAAAUCAGAAAUUACCUAUGAUACUGAGACUACCUGUAUAAGUAAAUUAGGUGUUUCAGUGAAAGAAGAAAUUACAGAUGAUAGAGAAACUGUCUUUCACAUGCUUGAUGUAUGUAAAGAGGAAAAACCACUGAUUCAUCAUGAUGGGCUCAUUCAUGUGAAACAAGAAGAGGAACUACUAAUACCAGACGAUGUUCUCUCCACUGUUAUCAAAGGAGAUGAAAAACUGCAAAUUAAUUAUUAUACCAAGGAUUCUAUCCAUCACUGCCCUCGGUGUCAUUAUAAAUCAGCUAAUUCUGGGCAUAUUAAAAAGCAUAUAAUGACCCGUCAUACAGACCAGAAGCCUCAUCAGUGCCCCCAUUGUGACUAUAAAUCAGCUAAUAAAGAUCUUAUAAAAAGGCAUAUAAAGAGACUUCAUACAAGUGUGAAGCCUUAUCAAUGUUAUCAUUGCAAUUAUAAGUCUGCAUUCUUUUAUGAUUUAAAAUUACAUAUAAUGAAUCGACAUAAUGGUGAGAAACGCCACCAAUGUCCUCAUUGUGAUCAUAAAUCAACACAAUAUUGUAAGUUGAAAGUACAUAUAAUUCGUUGUCAUACUGGUGAGAAGUCACAUCAAUGCCCUCAUUGCGAUUUUAAAUCAGUUAGUUCUGGAUCCAUCAAAAUGCACAUAAGUGCCAGGCAUAAAGGUGAGAAGCCACAUCAAUGCUCUUAUUGUAAUUAUAAAGCAGCACAGUCUGGUAAUUUGAAAACACAUAUAAUGGCACAUCAUACCAAUGAGAAACCUUAUCAGUGCCCUCAUUGUGAUUUUAAAUCAGUAACUUCUUCUGUAAUGAAAGGACAUAUAAUAGCUCUUCAUACAGAAGAAAAGCCUCAUCACUGUACUUACUGUGAUUAUAAAGCAAAACAAUAUUAUACUUUAAAGAAACAUAUAAUGGCUCGUCAUUUAGAUGAGAAGCCACAUAAAUGUCCUCAUUGUAAAUAUAAAACAGUUAGUUCUUCAUACCUUAAAACUCAUAUAAAUGCUGUACAUGCUGGUAAGAAGCCACAUCAAUGUUCUUUUUGUGAUCAUAAAUCAGCGCUGUAUUCUAGUAUGAAAAGACAUAUCAUGAUACGUCAUACAGAUGAAAGAUCUCAUCAAAGUUCUAGGGAGAAGCCUCAUCACUGUACCUAUUGUGAUUAUAAAUCAAAUAAUCAAUAUGUUUUGAAGAGACAUAUAAUGAGUCGUCAUACUAAUGAGAAGCCACAUAAAUGUCCUCACUGUGUUUAUAGAGCAGUUAGUUCUACAAAUAUUAAAAAUCAUAUAAUAAGCCAACAUGAGGGCGAGAAACCUCAUCAUUGUACUUAUUGCGAUUAUAAAUCAACUAAUUCUGGUAAUUUGAAAAGACAUAUAAUGGGACGUCAUUCUGGUGAGAAGCCCCAUCAAUGUCCUAAUUGUAAUUUUAAAGCAGCAGCAUCUGAUACUUUGAGAAUACAUGUGAUGAGUCACCACACAAAUGUGAGACCUCAUCACUGUACUUAUUGCGAUUAUAAAUCAACUAAUUCUGGUACUUUGAAAAUACAUAUAAUGAGACGUCACUCAGGUGAGAAGCUUUAUCAAUGUCAUUAUUGCAAUUAUAAAUCUCUAAUAUUUGCUCGGAUAAAAAUACAUAUUAAGGGUCAUCAUACAGGUGAGAAGUCUAUCCGCAUAGAUGAUGAAGCUGUUGGAUGUCGUUCAGCUCUUGGACAAAUGUAAGUUUGGGCGGAGCAAUUAUUUUAACAUUCAAUAAUGAAAAUAAAUAAGAAAGCAAAGGCAUAGUAAACUAGAUUUUUGGUAUUCUGUUGUUGUAUAGUAAAUAAACUUGUCAUUUUAUCCGUUUCAAAAUAAAUUGAUAAACAAUUAUAUUUUAUGAUCAAGAGCAAUAAAUAAUUAUGUGGCCAAAUAUGGCUUGCAUUGAAUAUUCAGGCACAGUAGAAUAUCUGCCCAUGUAAAAUGGAUACCUUUAAUUGGAGGGAAAACCUAGGUAGUUGAAUGUGAUCCUGGUUGGCCUAGAAACAGUACUUCCUUACUAAGUACCAAAGAUUGUAGUCUUAUAGAGUUUUUUAUAUUGAACAAAAUAUAUAAAACUCAAUAUAUGUCUGAAAUUAUAUUGAGAGAAAAGGAUAUACUUUGGUUUAAGUUGAGUGUGACAUCCUGACCUGACUCGGGCGCAAUGGGGUAAUAACCCACUCUCCUUAAAUACUCAACAUUACGAAACCUCUACAAGCAGAAAUAGCCAGAUUGUCAUUACGGAAUAAAACCAGGAAACAUUUUAUGGACUUAAGAAUCGCCUACUGGAACAUUUUAUCUUUAUAUAGACUCGGAGCCUUGCGGGCGCUCUUCGAGCAAAUUGACAAAUAUCGCAUUGACAUCGCAGCGAUCCAGGAAGUCCGAUGGCUUGGAAGUGGCACCCUUAAAAA